AUGGACCGCGUGCUGGUGGAGCGCAUCGCGCCCGCGACGAAAUCCGUGGGGGGGGUGCUGCUGCCGGAGAGCAUGACGGGGAACACGAUGAACGAGGCGAAAGUGAUCGCCGCGGGACCGGGACGAAGAACGAUGAGCGGCGAGCUCGUGCCGUUGGAGAUUAAGGUCGGGGACGUCGUCGCGCUUCCGGAAUUCGGCGGCGCCGCGGUGAACGCGGGCGACGGCUCGGGGAAGGAGUACUUUAUCUAUCGCGAAGAAGAGAUCGUGGGCGUCGUGGAGUGA